CACCGACUGAACGUUCAUGACCCGUGGUCUACACCUCGAGGUGUUGAAUUAGCGAACAGCUCUGGGGUGUGACAAAACAGCAGGUGUUGCUAGUCUCAACGGAGACAGAGAGGAGAACGAGAGAGGUAUCGCUGUCAUGACGGAACAGGCGCUCAGGAAGCGAUUGGAGGCCUUAGUGAAGACUGGAGAGAACCGCUUCUGCGCCGACUGCGGCAAGAGAGAGCCCCGUUGGGCCUCCGUUAAUCUCGGGCUGUUCAUAUGCUUGGAUUGCUCUGGAAUCCAUCGCAACUUGGGGGUUCACAUCUCUUUUGUUCGGAGCGUCAACCUCGACACUUGGAAGCCGGCUCAAGUUCAGGGCAUGGAAGAGAUGGGAAACGAGCGCGCCAAGGCUCACUUCGAGGCCGAAGUGCCCGCUAGCUACACCGUGCCGCGAGAACACGCCACUGUCCGCGAGCGCGAGAAAUGGAUCCGUGACAAGUACGAGCACAGGCGUUUCGUGUCGAGGAGUCCUCAGCCUGCUAGGCAGCGGAAGCCGGAGGAGUCUACCGGCUCACGAUCUUCGAGGAUGGACAGCGGCGCAGCCUCCUCCAAGUCCCCCACGGGAAAGACCGGCAGCAGUAGCAGUAGCCGGGGGGCGGGGCGAACAUCUUCCUCGACCUCCACGGCGCCGUCACCGGCCGCUUCCAAGGCUACAUCAUCUACAACCACCAGGGCCGUGCCCCGCCUCCAGAAGGCCGGCACCGGGGCAGUGAAGGCCGCUUCCGCCGCCGCCGCCGCGCCGUCCGCUGUCCCCGCCCCUGCGGUCGAUCUCCUCGACUUCUCCGAGCCGGUCCCGCCGCAGGCGCCUCCAAAAGCGUCUUCGCCGCCGUCGAGGGCUUCGUCGGCGCCGCCACCGCCGCCGAUGGACCAGAUGUUCGAGUUCUCGGAUUUUCAGUCUGCGCCUUCUUCGUCGCCGGGGGCGACGGUGCCGGCGGCAGCGGCGUUGGUGGGAUCCCAGCAGCAGCAGCAGCCGGCCACAGUGCAGCAACCGGCGGCGCAGUCUGGACAAGGGCAGCAGGAGCAACCGGCGGCAGGUGCCCCUGGGAAGGCAUCGGCGGCAUCGAUCUUGUCCAUGUUCAACAGCCCCGCGGGCGGCGGCGCCGUGGGCCGCAGUAUGGCAGGGCCUGUUGGUUCAUCGCCUGUGACAGGGGUGAUGAAAACCCCAGAGCUGAACCAAGUGUCGCAGAUGAUGUCGACGCUGAACGUCGGGGGCCUCGCGCCGAUGGGCUCCCAGCAGAUGGGCAUGCCGGGUGCCGGUGGUUGGACGCAGCAGCAACAGCACCAGCCCCAGCAGGCGCAGGCCCAGGCGAUGGCGUGGGCCCAGCAACAGAAGCUCCAGCAGCUGCUGCAACAGCAGCAGCUGCUGCAACAGCGACAGCAAUGGCAAAUGCAGCAGCUGCAGCAAAAAAUCCACGGGGGCGCGGGCGCUUCUGGGGGGGCUAAGUCUGGCGUAGGCCAAGCCGGUGGAGACCAGCAACACCCGCAGGGCAUGGACGCAGCCCCAAACGGUUCGGGGCUAACUGGGCUGCGCGGGGGGGGCGAUGGGGCUACUCAAGGAAACGGCGCGACAGUAGUGAUGCCCGGCGGAUUGGGAGCAGGGGCAAGUGGCAUGGGGAUGGGGGGGCUGCGGUAACGGAGCCCACUUGCCAUCCAUGCCUUGGUUUUAGGCGAGUGCAGAGGUUUGCGGGCGUUGUGGCUUUGAGGCCCGAGAGGUAGAGCGAUGCGGAAAUCGGUCAGGACCAUCAAUUUAUUGUCUCACUUGAAUGCUCUUUGUGUAGCCUUAUCCCUUGCGUUGCUUGGUUUGGCGUUCUUUUGUUUACGCCUGCAGGAAAGUUGAGCAAUUAGCUGCCGGUUUAUGAACGUAACCGAUCACCGUGUCGCCUUGGUGCCGACGAUUUCGUCUGCCGUGUAAGGACCUUGUUUUUAGUCAUUUGGAGGCUGUGUAAACUGGAGCCUCCUUUUGGCUGUGAGCGGCGCCCCUCACCAUUUCUGUGUAUUUUCCCUUUGUCUUGUAGCCGUCGAGUCUUUCAGUCUGAGCGACGCCAGGCGUCCGGUGUUGUGUGCUAUGCUGUUUUGUGCUACUGCACCUUGUUACAUGGCACCUUGGGUUCGCCUUUCGGGGGUUAUGACAAUGAACUCACCUUCGAGUACGAUGACGGGCAGUACGAGCUCUGUUUGGGUCUGUUUUUCGAGAUUUCAGUACACGUACUCUGAGCACGUGCUAAAGUUCAACCGAAUCUCAGCCUGGGACCCCAACGAACAGGACCCUCCAGGUGGUGCUGCCGGCGUCGUCUCUCCGCCCUUCAACCUCUUCCAACCUGGUACCUUGGGAUGUACAAAUGGAGC